AUGUCGAGAAGAUCACCAACCGGCAAGUUUCCGCCCACGUAUGCCUACUCGCUAUGCCACAGCGAGUUGAGAGAGAAAACGACGGUCUGGCGCGACCUAAAAAGUCGAACAUCAACGCGAGUUCGUGAUCGUAAGAGGGAGCAAGCAUUGACGGGGAAUAUACCGCUUCAACAGCCUCCCUUGAACGAAUUGGAGAAGCGGGUAAUAGCUGUAGUGGGAAGCAACUUUAUGGAGGGGCAACCGGAUGUCCAGGAGAAUAUUCCAAUGGAAGAGGAACUGCAAUUAACAUUGGGGGCGGCGGAUGAAAAUUUCCGCUUAGUCAUGGAGGAAGACACCAUGGUAAUUCCUCCACUAACGGUGUCGGAUGGCGAGUCGGAAAUUCGGUGCGAAACUCCGAAAACGCCGAGGCAAACACCGCGCAGAACCGCUAAGCGGAAACGUGCGGAAGAAUCGCCAACAAAGGCGAAAUUUUUAAGAAUUGCCGAGGCACAGGCCGAAUCAGAAAAGAGGCUUGCUGAAAGUGCUGCAACCAACGCGGAGGCCAACCGCUCCAAUGCUGAGGCAAUAUGCAGAAUGGCUGCUGCCACAGAGCGAAUGGCUACCGUAACUGCAACAAUGGCAGAGGCCUUCACCGUGUUGGCGGAGGGGGUGAAAGCUUGUGCGCAUGCUUUCGCCCAGUUUACUAAUUCACUGGGCCCUCCCCAAUAG